GUCUCUUGUCUCCAGCGCUAUGCUCGCUAUGUUACCCGUGGUCCAGAAUAACAGCAGGUUGGGCCGCCUUCUUUCAACGCUCUACGUCACAUUCAGCUUUCUAGUAAGCGAAUUCAAAUAGAAUACAGCCCCAUCUUCCCGCAACACUGACAAGGUCAGCGACCAAGGACCACAUACCACAUUUGGGGAUAGACCGUGCCUAUAUUCGCAAAAGUAAACAGUGAGAGCUGAGAGCCAGCUGGGUCAGAGAUGCCACCCCCUGCCGCAGGCCCCCCAGCAGUGACCCCUCCGGACGGGGGCUGGGGCUGGGCCGUGGUCCUGGGAUCCUUCAUCUCCAUUGGCUUCUCCUACGCCUUCCCCAAGGCCAUCACCGUCUACUUUAAGGACAUCCAGAAGAUCUUUGAUUGCUCCUACAGCCAGAUAGCAUGGAUCUCCUCCAUCAUGCUGGCCGUCAUGUACGCAGGCGGUCCCAUAAGCAGUGUACUGGUAAACACAUAUGGCUGCAGACCUGUCAUGAUCAUGGGGGGAGUACUGUCUUCUAUCGGGUUGAUAUCCGCUUCCUUCUGCAACAGCGUGGUGGAGCUUUAUGUUUGCAUCGGUCUUAUAGGAGGCCUGGGCCUAGCCUUUAACCUUCAGCCAGCCCUGACUAUGAUUGGCAAGUACUUCUAUAAGAAGCGCCCCAUCGCUAACGGAAUAGCCAUGGCCGGUAGCCCAGUGUUCCUGAGCAGCCUAGCCCCUUUCAACCAGUACCUGUUCAACUCCUUCGGCUGGAGGGGCAGCUUCCUCAUCCUGGGGGGCAUACUGCUCAAUUGCUGCGUGGCUGGCUCCCUGAUGAGGCCCCUGGGGCCACCGCUGGGCAAGAUCAAGAAGGAUGAGGAGUUGGUCGUUGCCAAAACCGCCACCAAGAAGAAGGAGACGACCACUUGUUUGGGGACUGUCAACAAGUUCAUUGACCUGUCGCUUUUCAAGCACCGCGGUUUCCUCAUCUAUCUGUCGGGCAACGUCAUCAUGUUCUUGGGCUUUUUCUCGCCAAUCGUCUUCCUGACGGCCUACGCCAAGGACAUAGGCGUGGACGAGUACUCGGCCGCCUUCCUGCUCUCCAUCCUGGCCUUCGUGGACAUGUUUGCCCGGCCCUCCAUGGGGCUCCUGGCCAACUCCAAGUGGAUCCGGCCCAGGAUCCAGUACUUCUUCAGCUUCGCCGUGCUCUACAACGGGGUGUGCCACAUCCUCUGCCCCCUGGUGGAGAGCUACACAGGCCUGGUGGUGUACGCCGUGUUCUUUGGUUUUGCGUUCGGCAUGGUCAGCUCGGUGCUGUUUGAGACCCUGAUGGACCUGGUGGGGGCUCAGAGGUUCUCCAGUGCUGUGGGGCUCACCACCAUUGUGGAGUGCUGCCCUGUCCUCAUUGGUCCACCCCUGGCAGGUAAACUGGUGGACAUCACCAAGAACUACAAGUCCAUGUAUUUCUGCUGUGGGGCUGUGGUGAUCAUGGCCAGCAUUUGGCUGUUCAUCGGCAACUUCAUCAACUACAGACUCCUGGCCAAGGAGCGCAAGCAGGAGGAGAUGUACAAACGGACUGAAACCGAGGACCCUGACCGGGACCAGGACCAAAAGGAGACAGACGGGGACGCCCAGGCCUUGGAGGACAUGGUAGACCCCAAAGAUGAGGACGCCAUGCAGAGGGAGACCAACAUCUAGAGCCCAUCCCUACUGCCAACCACACCCCCCUCCACCACCACCUUCACGUCCCCCUCUGCCACUAUCAAACUGCAGACUGAGCUCAAGGGGGGUGCCUCCUGGUCUUUCACUCUCCAGGGUUCCGCUCGGGGGCCUCCCCGCAGGGGCCCCUUUGUUUCCGAGACACUCAAACUGCCAGAGUAACAACGACAACCAUGUCGUGGGAUACUGCGAGGCAUAUUGCUGGAGGAAGGGGUGACUGCCCUGACUACUACUCAGACAUCAGACUAGCCGGAGAUAAUGGUGUAAGAUACAGAUCGCAUGUUAGGAGGCCACAAGGCUUGGAAUAUGAGAAAGAAGCUUUUGUCGCGUAUCUAGGAAUCUGUGAAAUGCGACCUGUUGACAGAAAUCUAGUACUGCUCAUGUAUUUAGUCUGUGACACUAAACCUACCACACCAGCAACCCAAUUCAACUGUUCUGAUUGAAAUCAAUACAGAUUAAUAUCCCAGCUUCCUAUGCUGGGAGCUGACAUGCGAGGACACAUAAUGUCCGUUAGUACCAGGGUUAUGGUGAGAGAUAUCGUUGCAACACAGGAACAGAGAUGAGUUCAUGGUUUGGUGGCUCCAGUGACCAUGUAUUACACUGUCCUUUAGCGCACUGUGUCUGUUGUGUUCGUUAGCUAAACCUGCACAACUGCCAAGCUUCUAAUCUAACGAUAACACACCCGCUAUUUUAUUCACUAUUGCAUAUUGCACAUGGAGUCCGUAUACGCUGCACUACUUCUAAACUGGCCAUGUUUAGGCCUCAUCCAAAACAACAAUGAAACAAAUGCAAUUUAAUCAUAUUUAAUGAGGUUGAAUGUAAAUUAGUUUUAUUGGCUGUAUUUUCAAUGGCCUUAUUAAGAAUACUUGAUAUUCACAAUCAAAAUCAUCUAGAAAUGUGCAUAUUGCUGGUUUAUACCAAAUAAAGAAUCCAUGAGCAAUAUAACCUAUUCCUAGCCAUUGUUUUGAUGUACGUAUAAACAGGGAUAUUCAUUUGUGUAGUCAAUGGUCAUUUCUGGGAGUAGCUGUUUAACUUUCCCCAAUGAUACAUUGCCUUAUGUAAAGAAUGCAUCUAAGUUGUGUCAUAUAUACAGUACCAGUCAAAAGCUACUCAUUCAAGUGUUUUUCUUCAUUUUUACUAUUUUCUACAUUGUAGAAUAAGAGUGAAUACAUCAAAACGAUGAAAUAACAUAUGGAAUAAUGUAAUAACCAAAAGAAGGUUAAGCAAAUCAAAAAAAUAUAUAUUUGAGAUUCCUCAAAGUAGCCAUACUUUGCCUUGAUGACAUGUUUGCACACUCUUGGCAUUCCCUCAACCAGCUUCACCUGGAAUGCUUUUCAAACAGUCUUGAAGGAGUUCCCACAUAUGCUGACCACUUAUUGGCUGCUUUUCCUUCACUCUACUGUCCGACUCAUCCCAAACCAUCUCAAUUGGAUUGAGGUCAGGUGAUUGUGGAGGCCAGGUCAUCUAAUGCAGAUGACCUCUCCUUCUUGGUCAAAUAGCCCUUACACCACCUGGAGGUGUGCUGGGUCAUUGUCCUGUUGAAAAACAAAUGAUUCCCACUAAGUGCAAACGAGAUGGGUUGGAGUAUCGCUGCAGAAUGCUGUGGUAGCCAUGCUGGUUAAGUGUGCCUUGAACUCUAAAUAAAUAAUUGACAGUGUCACCAGCAAAGCCUACUCUGCAUCUCACAAAGACACUGUGGUUGGAAAGAAAACAUCUCCAAAUUGGACUCAUCAGACCAAAGUACAGAUUUCACCUGGUCUGAUGUCCAUUGCUUGUUUCUUGGCCCAAGCAAGUCUCUUCUUCUUAUUGGUGUUCUUUAGUAGUGGUUUCUUUGCAGCAUUUCGGCCUGAUUCACGCAGUCUCCUCUGAACAGUUAAUGUUGAGAUGUGUCUGUUACUUGAACUCUGUGAAGCAUUUAUUUGGGCUGCAAUUUCUGAAGCUGGUAACUCCAAUCAACUUAUCCUCUGCAGCAGAGGUAACUCUGCGUCUACCUUCCCUGGGGCGGUCCUCAUGAGAGACAGUUUCAUCAUAGCGCUUGAUGGUUUUUGCAACUGCAUUUGAAGAAACGUUCACAGUUCUUGUAAUUUUCUGAAUUGACUGACCUUCAUGUCUUAAAGUAAUGACAGAUUGUCGUUUCUCUUUUCCUCUUUCAGCUGUUCUUGCCAUAAUAUGGACUCGGUCUUUUACCAAAUAGGGAUAUCUUCUGUAUACCACCCCUACCUUCAUUCCACAAGUGAACUUUUAGCAAGGCACACAUGUUAAUUUAAAUGCAUUCCAGGUGACUACCUCAUGAAGCUGGUUGAGAGAAUGCCAAGCGUGUGCAAAACUGUCAUUAAGUCAAAGAGUGUCUACUUAGAAGAACCUCAAAUAUAUAGUAUAUUUACAUUUGUUUAACACUUUUUUGGUGUGUUAUUUCAUAAUUUUGAUGUUUUCACUAUUAUUCUACAAUGUAGGAAAUAUUAAAAAUAUAGAGAAACCCUAUAAUGAGUAGGUGUGUCCAAACUUUUGACUGGUACUCUAUAUAUAUAUAUAUUUAUAUAUAUUAGAAAGUAUUUAUUGAAGUGUUAUAGAAAUUACCAAAUUAACAUGCCUAUUGUGAAACGGUUAAACAGCUUCUUAUGUGACCUUAAUUUUCAAGUACAGUAUUUCUUCCUUUCAACUCUAACUCUCUUAAAUUACUUUUGUGGGAAGUUGUAGUAAGCAUAAUGUUUGCUUGAAGAAUUUUGUCAGCAAUUUCUAUUAACAUAAUAAUGAACAUCAUUUAACCAACUAUGUACAGUACCAUAUGUACACAAUUCAAAGUAUAGCUUCACUUAAUUAAUCAUAUCUGUUUCAUUGCACCACAAAUGUUAUACAUGUUAAUAUGAUUUAAUAUAUGUUUAAUAAUAAUUUGUACAAAUAAUAUGCAAAUAAUGACCCAAAUUAACAGUAAUUAACAAAAUUAUGUUAUUUGCUAUAUAUUUUAAUGUGCAAUAUACCAUAACAUUGUUUGACAUUGAUUCUAAAUCCUCCAUUGGCUGGAUGCCAUCCACAGAGAAGAUUAUUCAUAUUUUUUUUAGAAUUCUUAACAUCCAUCACUUCUUGUGUUCUGGUCAAAUAGCUAAACACAGCUUGAAACAAACGUAUGCACCUGUUAGAUUGCGGUAGUUUGCUUACCAUCCCAAUUUGUGUGUAGCCUACCAGCAUUUUAGAUUUAGAUUUUUUUUAUAGUAAUAUCAUUAUGAUUAUGUGAUUUCUGGUAGUUUUUAGAUUGACUGUGGGCUGUAUGACAUUGGCAAGUGUCUACUUUUUGCUUGCAGCUGCAGGGUCUCGAUUCCCAGUCACUGACAACAGGGGUCAGUAUGCAGUAAUUCUUAAAGGAUGAAUGUACUGUACAAUCACUUUUAUAUAUCAAAUAGCACUGCCCCCUACUGGUUUCAAAAGACCUAGACCAAAUGUUACAAUCUGAGCUGCCCUCAAAUCGCAAAACGACACAUUGUUCUCAGUUGGCUGCUCUUGUGUGAUGUCAAAAUAUAAGAAAUUCCUAGAUGACAUACGUUGUUUUUUUAAAAGUUAUCUUUAGUUUCGAUUUUCUGUAUUUUAAGUUUGAAGUUUAAAAAAAAGUUUUUUUAUGGCCAUUGAAUAUAUUUUCUUUGUACUUUUAUUUCCCUUCUAUGGCUUCAACAGGUGUGUAUAUACUAGUAUUUCACAGGGUGUAAAUUAACGGUACAUUAAUUUAAUAAACACACUGCAUUCAUGUGCUGCUGUGGCAAAGCCAUUUUGUAGGCAAUUAUGUUUGUUAUGGAGCAAAAUCAUGUUUGUUUCCAUUUUCAACCAUGUGUAGUAUGUGUAUGAUUUGAGUUUGUGUUUUGUAUAAUCAGAGGCAUUAUUUCUAAAAUAAUAAAAUCAUAGUGUUGCUUUUCCCUUUAGUUACCAUAUCAAUUGCUUAUUGUCAUUCCAUAGACAAUGUGGAUGAGCAAAACAGCAAAAUGUGUUGUGCUGUUUUUGGAAUGAUUUAACUCUUCAGUAUUCAACAGUUUCUUUCCUUUUCUUAUAAGUUAUAUUCAGUUUUUAUUGUGAAGGAAACAUAAUCAAACAAGGUUGCAACACUGACUUAUAUAGUCCAUUCUUUAUUCCAAUGCAACGCAGUAUAACGAUCAAGCUUUAACUUUGAUUUGUGCCACAAUUAAGUAUAAUAUUAUAUCAAAUUAAAAUUAUACUUCAUUAUACUCUUUAUAUACAAUGAAUCUACAGUAUUCAGAUUGUUCUGUACAUAGUAAUGUGAAGGCAAUGUGAUGCGUUUUUAAAUGUGUCAUGCUGAAAUUAUUUGCAUAUUAUUUAAGGACCAAAAGGAAAUUGUUUAAAUUUGGGUCAAUCGAAUAACAAUUAUGCACCAUUAGCCUUAUCAAAUACACUUGGCUCCUAUGUAUGAAGGAUUCUGUAUUAUAAUGUUGUAUUUUGGGCAUGUUUGGUAUGUCUGUGGGGUUAUCAUAAUACCAACACUUUUUGAUUUAUAAAUCUAUAUUUUUUCUGUAAAGGUUAAUCUGAACAAAAAUGCUAAGCCAAAAUAGAUAUGUAUGGAAUCAGAUGGUCAAACAGCAUCUAAUACAUCACAAGGAAUUUCAAAGAAUGUCUAUACUUUUUCUUUUUGUUAAUGCGUUUUCUGUUUUUAUCUCUUAUACGUUUAUUAUCCUAUUGUAGCCAAUGAAAAUGUUUCCUACUCGGAUAAGGCUGUAACUCUAGUAAUGAUGCAUUUAAAGAUGGAGUUCUCUUGAUUUGCUGACUGUGGACAUAAUGUAAUUGACUCAGGUUGUGUCAUAGCGUAAUGGAAAUUGUUUUUGGAAGAAAAACAAUCCUCUUCUGAUUAAUUCACAGCUUAGACUGUAUCUCAAUUAUGACUCCUACAAGACUUGUGACAAAACACUUUAAUUGUCAUUCAUUUUUAAUCAGAAGGGCUGAAAAGCACUUAGAAGCUUAACCGUGCAAUGGACAGUGUUGGUGUGGCAAGGAAAACACUCUAUAAGUAUGAAAAUACAUAUUUAGCCGCAAUACAUUUUUCUUUCACACAUCUGUUUUCACAGAUGGAUCUGGAUAUCAACAUGGGGAUUAAAAACUUAAAGAACCGCAGAUGAUUUGCAGUUGCAGAAAUGUCUUGCUGUACUAGGAGGCUAAAGCUGUCAUUCAUUUCACACUAUUGAAAAGGUAUCAUCAGUAAAUGUUUAAGUUAACAAGUUACUGUGCCUUAUUAGACCCUGCUGAAUAUUGUGUUUAAAUAUUAUCCAUUCAUGAGCAAGUAAGGGUUUGCCUAUAAACAACCUUGUUUAAUUGGUGUUGACACUGCAUUUUGUGAGAGAGUCAACUGUGACAGUAUUUUUGGGGAAAUUUGUGUAAUUUGUUUUCUCAGUUUGCUCCUUGAUGUUUACAAAUCCUAUUCCAUCAUCUGAUCUCAUGUGAGUAAUUCAUUUGGACAUCUGAAUGUGACAUUUAUUUUUCCUUUUCAGUCUUCCACGGUUGUUAUAUUCAGCACAUUUUGAGAACAUACCCUUGGAUUUAUGUGGGGAGGGAACCCAGCCACAGUGACAAACAAAAAUCCUAACCUUUCAGUACCUGUAUGUCUGCCUUACAUCAAAACACACAGAAGUCAAUGGGCGUAACACCUUGACGAUAACGACUCUUAAACGUGAAUCUAAAAAGGUCAUGUUUUCAACUACGUUGGUUGUAUGCAUAACAACGCACACGUUACCAUACUAGUCUAAGGAUGCAAACGCGCAGGAAGGUUUAAUGCACCGAUUCUGAGGGAAUGAUGUAUAUGAUAUGGUUUUGUGUGCCCACUUCAACGUUCUCAUUUAAUGAGUAGAAACAUGAGCUCCAGUCAGUAGCUGAGUCCCAGUGUUGUAAUAGAAUAGACAAUCAUACUAUAUGUCAGAUUGUGUCAGUAAUCCACUACCUCUGCAAUUGUCAUUUUGAAAGCAAGUGUAAGUGUCACAUGGGUUACGCAGACGACCAAUUACAUUUUUGUAAGUGCAAUAUAAAGAAGUUGCAUCACGAUGGUCCAAUAAAAGAUCAUGCGAACACA